AUUUGGAUCACGAACGAGAUUAGCCAUCUCUGUAACUUGAAGAAAUUGCUCGAACAGCCCAGGCGACUGGAGAGACCGAAAUCCUCGCCGAGAAAAUCGAAAUCGGCGAAUCUCAAGUCAAAGCAAGCAGCGAUACUUAGGCGGGAGCAACACGCGGACGCCAUACACAGGAGCGUGUCCGAUUUACAAGAGGAUUCCGUGAACGAGCCGUGGUCGUCUCACUGCAACUUGGCGGCGUGCGAGGCUGCCGGCGACGGUAUGGUCCAGCGGGUCAUGAAACGUAACAGUUGCACGCAAACGGCCACCACGGGCGUGGCCAGUGCUUACUCGAAGACCGGCGGCGAGAUCGUGUCAGCCGGCAGAACGACGCGGAGAUCCGCGACGAAGCACGUGACCGUCGGUGUGCAGACGCUACCACCAUCUCGGGAAGCGUCCUCGACGCCGCUGACGGACGCCGAGUCGGACGCGUACGACGCGAAACACGCGAACCCUCAGAAGUCGUGCGCGAGUUACCAAAACGGCGCCAAAUGCAGAGAUCAGUCGUGCCAGACGCACGCCGGCCCGGUCGUGCGGCGCACGUGCGCGCGAUGUAAACAGAGCCCGUCCGAGACGGCCGCGUUGCUGGUCAGGUCGCGUAAGGGCUACCAGGAAGACGCGCCGCCGGCCGUUUCGCAGCAGACGCAGACGAAUUACGCGAGCGACAACAGCGCGACGGAGCCCGCGCACCGUCACGCGUCGCAAAGCGGCAACGUCCAGACGAAACAGAAGGAGGCUAAGAAUCAGAUCAACGCGUCAAAAUCAAAAUGUAGCUGCGCACACGGCGCUUGUCCGUCCGUCACCGAGAACAAGGCCGGCUCGAGCGCCGUCAAAGUCAAACGGACUGAGUAUUACAAACGACCGUUCACCACGUGUCCGUUGUGCUUUAAACAGAAGCCCGCUGUAGAUGUCAACGGUGCCGUCUGCGCCGUAUGCCAGAAGAAUCCCUCCUGCACGCACGACAAAGUCUCGGGACAGGUCGAACAGAACUGCGGGAACGCGUGCGAGUGUGACAACGUCUCUGCUGACGACGCGGACAGAAGGAUCGUCGUUGGUAAAUCUCGACAAAGCUACAACGCUGAAAGCCAGGGCCGAAUGCGCGCGCUGAACUACAGCGAACAGAGUGACACGGGAAAGAUUUGCGAUUGCGCGAACGAUUUUACCGCGUGCCAUAAUUCGGGAGCCGCAGAAACUUUGUGCGAAUGUUGUAAUAUCGACAAUAACGGCUCGUGCCGCUUCGAGUGUCGCCUGAAGAUUGAGGAGCGUCGACCGCAGACGCAGAUUUACUCCGACAGUUCGCAGGACAGCGACGUGGCUCGACAACGUAAAGUACAAAGUAGCUUAAAAUGCAAUUGUGAUGAGGCUUGCUCCUGUAGUAAUAAUCAAGCGAAGGACAUUGUCAGAGGGAAG